AUGGUUUGCGGCCUCAUCGCAUUGCUGGGUUCCCUCGCCCGUGGGUGGACAGUUGUCGAUCGGGAGAACUUCGAGCUUUCCGAGUACGACGGCAAAAACUACGACACCGUUAAGGCCCCUCCUGUUAGUGCCACUGAGAGCAUCGUUACUACUGUGUAG